AUGGCUUCAUGUUCCAGCAAUGGCAGCGCCAUGGUUGGCUGCGCCUGCGGGUGUUCUGGGUGCCAGCCCCACCUGGUCAGCGAGUGGACACCAGAGGAGAAAGCAAUCUUCUCCAGCCUGACUUCCAUUCCGAAGAUCCAGGACUUUGUGGACGCUCUGAAGUAUGAAGCGAAGCCAGACGGUGCAUGGUCGCCCAGAAUGACCAUUCGAUGGGGCCAUGGCCACUGCUUCGGAGGGUCCCUGUUUGCUGCAGCUGCGUUGCGCAACCUGGGCCACCGGCCAUACAUGGUCCACAUUUCCACAGACCCUGAGGUCGAUGACGACCACGUGAUCUGUGCCUAUCAGAUCGACGGCUACUGGGGCGCCAUUGCAAAGUCCAACUACUCCACGUUGCGAGGCAGGGAUCCGGUCUACCAGUCAAUCAGGGAGCUCGCCAUGAGCUACUUCGACUUUUACUUCAGCUCUGCAAAGGUCAAGUCGAUGACUGGGUACUCUGAUCCAGUGGCGUUGGAGCAGUUUGAUGAGAGGGGCCCAGGAAAACAGGGCUGGAUGUAUGCGGAGGACAACAUGGAGGAUCUGGAUCGGGUGUUAUGUUACGAGGCCCCCCACUACAACGUGGUGACAUCAAAGAUGGCACCUCACCUGAGCCCUGCUACCAAGCAACUUCUCGAGGCGUCGACUCUUUUCACCAACUGGGACGGGCUUUUCAAGCCAAAAGAAUCCCAGACGUAG